AUGGCUGACGAUAAUGCUGGGAUUCAUAUUAAUGCUGAGAGGGAAAACGCAGCCGUGAAACUAAGGAAUGCCAUGGCAGCUUACUUAGAACAUGAACAAACUCUUUUGCAACUCAAUGCGUUUUUAGCAAGAAUGCACGGUAUCAAUCUGGACCGUCAGGAAAGAGAAGUGAGGAACCUCUAUCUUCAGGAGAUUCAUCCGAAGAUGUUGGAGAUUCGAGAAAUUAGAGAAAAUCAUACGGAGGAGGACCCGCUGGGUGCUCCGUUUGUCGAGUUGAUUGAGCAACUGACGAACUCUGAGUUAAAUGCCGAUGAGGAUGAACUUAACGCCAGGAAAGAGAGAUUACUCGCCUUAGCAGCCGAGGUCUGCGAGAAACUAGGGGGGAUCCAAUUCCGUCUUCACUCUGUCAUUGGCCCUUACACCGAGAGAAUUCACCUCGAAAUCUUCCAAAACUUACUCACAGCUUAUGGAGACCUCCUGCAGGUUCAAGAAGGGGUUUUGAAUUGGUACCACGGAAUAGAGCAUGGUAACAAUGAGACGACUGUCCAUGAGAAAAUGAACUGCGGGGCGAAGAUAACUGGGACAAUUAUCUUCUUUUUGACCGAAGUGACAUUGAAACUGCCAGGAUUUGAUAUUGAGCCUAAUCGACGGGAUGAUAUCAAUGACAUAAUCAAUCGCUCUAUCCGCCUAUACAUCCCUGAACAGUUCUUCGAGUUUGUUCGAGCUCUUGCCAAUAACCAACGUCUGCCGAAUUUGGAGAAUUCUCUUGAGGAAAGUCGUGUCACGAUUAAUUCGCUAGUAGACGAUAUCGAGGGACUAACUAAUUAUUGA